GCUUGCAUGUACAUGACAGUGUCUGAGAAGACAGUCUGUUCCGAGUUCCAUAGACUACAUCACGCAAGAACAAGGAAUUACAAUCCAGAAAAGAGUCCCAAUCUUGUGGAAAGAAGGGAAGGAGAGACUCCAACCGAAGAGGAGGACCUCUGCCUUCCUUUCAUCACAGAGGACAGCAAGGAGACCCCUUUAUUUCCUCUCCCCUGGGGCAUGGAGUACGGACACCCCACAGGAGUUUCUGACUCGACACUGACUUGAAGACGGAACACACUUGAAGCAAUUUCACCAUAAAGGAACCAUCUAGAAGGUUCUCAAGUUUCCAGAGCUGAAAUGAUGCACUUAAGGGACAACACCAAGGGAUUUUGAGAAGGACUUUCAAGGGAAUCCAAGGUUCGUAGACUGUACUUCAGUUCCGAAGACCAGUCCCGAAAAGUAACACCUACAUUGGACAUAAUAUACUGUACAUCAGCCUGGCCAUGGAUCCACACGGUGGGCACUACCUGAACAAGGCCGCGGUGCUCUCCGGCCUGGGCAUCGCCCGCAUGUGCCAGCUGCUGCUGGGCUGCACCAUCAUGGCGCUGGUGUCCCACGGCGCGGGUUACAGCGCGGACUACGGCAUCUACUGCAUGUUCGUGUGGUGCUUCUGCUUCGCCGUCACGCUGGUGGUCUUCAUGCUGGACGUGACGCGGCUGCACGGCUGCGUGCCCAUCAGCUGGGACAACUUCACCGUCUCCUUCGCCAUGCUGGCCACGCUCAUGUACAUCACCGCCUCCGUGGUCUACCCCGUCUACUUCGUGUCCGCCGGCGAGUGCCCGUCGGAGGGCUGCGAGACGCUGGCCUACCGCAUCGCCGUCACCGUCUGCUCCAGCCUCUGCAGCUUCGCCUACGGCGCGGAGGUGUUCCUGACGCGGGCCAAGCCCGGCCACGUGGUGGGCUACAUGGCCACGCUGAGCGGCCUGCUGAAGGUGGUGCAGGCCUUCGUGGCGUGCAUCAUGUUCGGGGCGCUGGCCAACGACACCGACUACAACAAGCACAUCCCCACGCAGUACUGCGUGGUGGUGUACAGCCUGUGCUUCGCGCUGACCGUCAUCGUGGUGGCGCUGACCGUGUCCGGCCGCACGGCGGCGCUGCGCUUCCCCUUCGACCGCUUCGUGGUGAUCUACACGUUCAUGGCCAUACUGCUCUACCUCAGCGCCGCCGUCAUCUGGCCCGUGUUCAGCUUCGACAGGAAGUACGGCACGUCGGACAGGCCGUACAACUGCCCGCGCGAACAUUGCCCUUGGGACAGCAAGCUGGUGGUGGCGGUGUUCACCCAAGUCAACUUGAUCCUCUACUUCACCGACCUUGUCUACACGCAAAGGAUCCGAUUCGUAUCCCACUCAGUCUAGAUUCCCAUUCCCAUUCCCACCUGUUGGACGGCACUGUCCUUUUGGUGAUAUUUACAUAAAAACAUAAAAUUCUACUGUGCUAAUAUCUAACGGUUGUUAUUCUUAUAUUUAAUGGAAUAUUCAGUGCAGAGAUAUUUGAUUAAAGAGUUCUCAAUUUUAUGAUCAGGAUUUUUUGAGUGCCUUGUGUGUGACAUGGUUGCAUUGUCCAGUGGAUUUGUAUUUAUUUGUAGGCUGUAUUUUUUAAAAAUUACUAAUGUUGUUAUCUCCCAAGUGAAUGGAUACAAUCUCUUUAAAAUAAAAUCAAAUAAAAAUGUGA